UAAAUCCACGGCUUGCUGAGAAGAACCACCAUCCUUCACAAUGUUCCUCACCAUGGCCCUGCUGAGGAAAGGCAUCUCUGGGAAGCAGUGGAUCGGGAAGUACCGCCGGCCACGUGCCAUCACCUGGCAGAUGAAACGCAACAUGCUGGUGCACCUGGAACGCGAGGCAGAGAAUGAGUAUUGGAUCUCCCGACCAUACAUGACCACAGAGCAGGAGCGAGGACACGCCGCUGAGCGCCGAGCACAGAACUGGCUCAAAAUUAAGGAGACCAAGUUUCAGAAGUUUCCAGAACAUAAAUAUGUUGCGGAUCAUCUAAGUCACCUCAACACAACCAAGACAUGGUCCAGUUAAUGAGGAGGAAGUAUUGACUUUGUGUGGGGGGAUGGAGAGGCGGCAUGCAUGUUGACUCCGGUGUGUAAUGUAUGUAAUGUAUAUGAACUAUGGAGUGUUGGAAAUUCUCUAUAAAGCAAGCUCUGAUUUAAAAA